UUUAUCAGCAGGCUUGCUCUGCAACUUUGGCCAGUAGCAUUGAGUAUCCAAUCCAAAGCACAGCCAAACAAUGCAGCUCACUGUAGUGUUUGCCUGUCUGGUGAUAUCAGCAGCCUCUGCUGCUCAGAGUGACUCCACAGUGGCCUGUUAUAUGGAUGCACCCAUGCAGCACAUGUUUUUCACUGUUGAUCCUUUCUUGUGCACUCAUAUUAUAUACUCCACUGCUUAUAUUGGUGAUGACUUAAGUUUAAAAACCUUGUCACUGGAUGUGGACCCUUUCAGCUCCAUGCUGAAAAUGCUGAAAGACAGGAAUCCAGCUCUAAAGAUGUUGCUUGGUGUUGGGGUGAAGCAGACAAGGUUAGAGGUGUUGUCCCAGCAGCAGAUAACUCUGGAUAACUUUAUUAACUCAACAUUGAAAUAUGUGAAGAAGAACAAUUAUGAUGGAGUGGAGUUGACAUGGUUGGAGAACGACACUGAUGAAACUCUCAGCAACACAGAAACCCUCACAAGUUUCAUCAAGGAACUAAGACGAUGGAUUGACCAAGCUGCUAACAAGUCAUUGCUUGUUUCUGUGUCUCUUCUGGACCAUAGUAACCACAUCAGUACUAAUAUUGACAAGAAAACUUUGUCACAGUAUGUUGACUUCAUCUGCGUACUGCCACUGAGUCCUAAUAAUGUACAAAUUGACAACACAGUCAAAUAUUGGCAGGACCAAGUUGACCCCAAGAAGCUUAUUCUGGCCUUGCCUGCAAUAGUACAACAGCCUCGAAAAAGACAGAGCAGUAGCCAGUCCAGGAUUGUGGGCAUAAAUCCAGAGAGGAAAGUGGAACAAAUGAAUGGCCCUGGGUUGAUUAUAUCCAAACAGGUCUGCCAGGCCAUUAAGAGUGGACAAAAGGAAUUAAAGAUUUUAACAAAACUUGAGAGCACUCAAAGCCAUGGAGAAGACGUGUCAUGGCUACUACAGAAGGGGCUCGGUGGUGUUGGGGUUGUCAUGUUAGACAUUGACAACUUUCUCAACUCUAUUUGUCUCAACUGCGCCCAAAAUGAAAAGGCGAUUCUUGAAUUAAAUGUGAUUACUGGGCAUCACCACAGGCAUGGUCACCACAGGCAUACUAACCAUGGGCAUAGUCAUCAUGGGCAUGGCCACCAUGGGCAUAGUCAUCACGGGCAUAGUCACCAUGGGGAUAGUCAUCACGGGCAUGGUCACCAUGGGCAUCGUCACCACGGGCAUGGUCACCAUGGGCAUCGUCAUCACAGGCAUGGUCACCAUGGGCAUCGUCAUCACGGGCAUGGUCACCAUGGGCAUCGUCAUCACGGACACCAUCAUCAUUGACACCAUCACCAUGGACAUUGACACCAUGGGGAUGGCCACCAUAGUAACAGUCACCAUGUUAACAGUCAUCACGGUUAGAAAGAGCGUUUGCAUCAUGGUCAUCAUUAAUUGGUCAAAUUGAAGUUUAAAGGCAAGAAAGCCUAAUAAUCACUUCUACGCAAAUAGUGUACCGUGGCACCACUUAUAUUAAUCAAAUAUCGCAUGAGAGUGUUGAAUGUUGCUUAAAAUAGCAUUAAGGCAUUGAGACAGUGUUAUUAGUUUUGAUAUCUAUUCAUGCUUUUGCAAAAUAAAUGUUCCAGUCUUGUGUGUGGAAAAUGUUAUUAGUUUGAAUAUUGGUUAAUUAUUGUUAUGAAAUAA